AUGUUUACACAACCAGUCUCAUCGCCACCAACCGUGGGCCCCGUGCCAACGUCUGUCACUAAUCCCGCCUCGCCCUCAACGCGGUCCAGUCGCCUGCGAGGCCUAAGUUAUCUCCGCAACUACACCCAAACUCACCUACUUUCUAGGGAGCACAGCAGCCAGGGUUCCAGUUCUCCAACCUCGAAUUCCCACGCCCACUCUCACUUUCAUCACAACUCCAACUCUCAGACCCAAAGUCAAACCCAAAGUCAAACCCGGAACGGCACCACUCGUCCCACCCAGAGCCUGCAGCGCUCACUUAGCUAUUCGCCCACUUCAACCCCUCGUCGUGCCGACACAGACUCCAGUCUGAACCCACUCUCCCUUGUUGCUUCGCUGCAAGAGCCCGCAUCGUCAGCUUCGGUCGCGAACGAGCCUUCCACAACGCCUUCAUCCCCCGCCUUCGAGCGUCCGCCGCCAGUGAAUGCGCUCUCGUCCAUUGUGGACGACGCCGUCGCCGCAAGCAGCAGCAGCAGCAGUAGCAGCAGCCAAGCAGUCCACCACGCUGAGCAGCCAUCGCAGCCUCAAGUCAACACCGAAUCCCCGAACAUGACGAGAGCACGUGCCUCAACGACCGGCGAUGUCGCCCCUGCCGCUCCAUCUCCUGUGCCCGACAACUUACCGUCGAUCCGUUUCUCCGCCUACUACGACCCGCGCGCCACCCGACCCAGUUUGACGUUUCCUCCCGUCUCAAGAACUUUGCCCAGUGGUAGCGAGAUCAUCCGCGUUGGUCGCUACUCGGAGCGUGACAAUCAGCCCAACGUGCCCAACAACACUCCCUCUGCUGCCCCCGUUGGUUUCAAGAGUAAGGUUGUCAGUCGCCGCCAUUGCGAAUUCUGGUAUGACGAUGGAAAAUGGUACAUCAAGGAUGUCAAGAGUUCUUCCGGUACCUUUCUCAAUCACAUCCGUCUCAGCCCUCCUGGCACCGAAUCGAAGCCAUUUCCUAUCAACGAUGGCGACAUCGUGCAAUUAGGCAUCGAUUUCAAGGGCGGCGAAGAGAUGAUCUUCCGCUGCGUGAAGAUGCGGCUUGAGCUUAACCGAGGCUGGCAAAACAAGCUCAACACGUUCAACAUGGCGACGCACAAGAGACUGCGCAAUAUGACAUCGGCCAACUCGGCAAAUUCUUCAUCAACACAGGACUGUUCCAUAUGUCUCAACUCGAUCGCGCCAUGCCAGUGCCUGUUCGUGGCGCCUUGUUCGCAUACCUGGCACUUCAAGUGUAUUCGUUCGCUCUUGAAUUCCCCACAGUACCCUAUUUUCGUCUGCCCCAACUGCCGCAUGGCUGCCGAUCUUGAGGCGGAUAUUGAGGACCCUGCUGAGGAAUGGGAACAAAUGGACGAGGAUGAGGAGCCAGAACACAAGGAGGAGGUUAAGGACAAGGCAGCAGCGGCUCCGACCGAAGCCCCAUCUGUGCCUGCUCCCAUUUCUGCCGAGACUUCACGGCCGCAGCUGCCAGAAAUUGGCACGGAGCCGGAUGCCAUGGAUUUUACCGUAGCCCUUGAUCGGGCGCGUACUAUGGCAGAAAUGCCUCCACCGCAAACGGUCGCCCCCAACACCACUACCGAACCCGUUCCGAUUCCCGCUGUAGGAUCGUCGCAAGCGGCUGUUCAGCGAAGCGGGCGUGAUACUCGCACCCCUUCUCCCAUUGGCAACCACUUGGUCAAUGGCACGGAGGGUCCUAUCACCCCGCGUAACGAUGCAGGGCCAUGGGUCUUUGACGGAAGUGCUGGCCGCCGUGCGGCCGAAGCUUCCAACGGCAUGAGGAGCCUUGACGAGGCUGCAGAGAUGGACGUCGACCGGUAG